UGAUCAUCCAUUGCUACUGGAUAUGGAGGCCUGUUAGGAGAAGGCAUAUAUUCCAUCCAGAACCAUUUGUACCGAUCUAUAGAUGUUGAAAAACAAAUAUGUUAGGUGAAUAAAAGCUUGAAGCGAAGUCGUAACCGUAAUAUUAUUAUCUAAGCUUAAAAGUCAUGGAAUAAGUUGGAAUAAGACUGAUUUUGUUCUACAAUUGUCAAUUGCGAAAUGAAGUCAGCAACUUGUUUUUACAUUUCAAUGCUGUAGGUACUUUUUACUUGUAGUUAGCCACAGUUAUAAAAAUGACUGUUGAUGUGACUUCCAGGUUGCAUGAGCAGUCUGAACUGAUAAUGACUCUAAAGUUAAGAGCUGAUUCUGAGAUGGAACGUCGCAAGCAAGCUGAAUGUAAAUUAUUAAAUGAAUUGAACAAAAAUCACGAUCUUCAGCAGCAGCUUUUGGAAUGCCAACAGAGAGUUUCCGAUGCUGAAGUCAAUAACCGUGUAUUGCGAUCUACAUUAAAUGAUCUAAGUCAUGAACUUUUAAGCCAAACGCUAACUAAGAAUUCAAACACUGAUUUACCGAGAAGAGAUCUGUCUGUUCAAACUGGAAACGAAUUUUGUCAAAGUAAAGUAGUUUCAGUUGAGGAAUCAAAUAGGAAAAGUUCUAAAGAAUAUUUAUGGAAGUUCAGGGAGUUAGAAAAGGAGAAUAAUAAACUUUCACAAUUGAUAAAUGGGAUGAGAUCACUAUAUACACAAAAUCUCAAAACAAUUCAAAACCAUUUGAAUUGCUUGACAGACUUAAUCUCGACAGUUUGUAGUUCUUAUUUAAAAGUAAAUCAAGCCUAUCAUAAUGAUAAUAUCAAGUGGAGGAAUGAAAGACAAAACUUAUCCUCACAGCUAGAGAAUGAAAAGCAUUUAACUGAAGUAAGUAAUUUUUUUUUAAAAAUUGUUUUGAUGGCUUGAAAGAUGUCCUUAUAGUGUGGUUGAUGUAGUUGAUUUGACAGUUUGAUUGAAGUCACCAAAAUUCUACAUAAUUUCGGCUUAGUUGUCUGAAAUUCAGGAAGGUAUGAAUUUUCCAUUUUAAUACUCAGUUACGAGACUUUAUUGAUCACUUCGAAAUAUCACUCAAUGGUUACUUAGUGGUUAGAGAUAAUAUGACAACAAAUCAUUCGUGCAUUUAAAUUUCUAGAACUGAAUUAAAUUCUGGCAGUUACUCUUCACGCAAAAUACUACCUGAUUCAACGGUUCAAAGUUUUUGGGAUAAUAAUAGUAUGUUUAAGCUUAAGUUAAUGAAAUGCCGAUAAAACAAUGGUUGUAAAAUAUAAAUCGAGAAACUGAAUUUUGGAAAAUAGACAUAUUUAGUGGUUUGAGCUGUACAGUCUCCAAACGAAACAAAUUACGCAGAUUAAAAUAGAUUGAACUAUCAUUUAGAGAUGAAGACAUCCUGAAUUUAGCCACACAGUGUCAAACUCAAUAUAAGCUAAUUAAACUUUAUUGAGGACAUUUAGUUAGUAUAAUUAGACUGCUAACAUCUGAACUAGCUAACAGGUUAGUACUGAGAUAUAUCUGUGAUUGCUGAACCAAAUCACUGCUCACAUGAAUUUAAACCGAAUACAUCAAUUAAUUCCUAAUUGUUUCACUUACAGUCGAGCAGUACUGUUGAAGAUUCAUACGAAAUUCAGAUGCAAGUUGAUUAAACAUUUACAUUUAAGGAUUUUUUUAACAGAAAAAUUGUGGACAUUUAUUGACUUAGAUAAAUAAAUAUCAAAACAUUUGCUCUGCAAAAAAUGUCCGGUAGUAGAUAGAUCUAUGCCACCUAAGAAAUUAGCUCAGUCAAGUAUUUUGUGUUGUACGAUUUCGGUACAAACUAAAUUAGUAUUGUAAUUUAGAUUUUGUAAGGUGAUAAUGUUAUUGAGAUUACUUUCAAGAUAUUGAAUGGUAUUUUGAAAGUUUGUUAUUGUAAUGAGAGAAAAUUUAAGAUGUCCUUAUCUUGCCUCGAUGUUUUUCAGAGGCAAAAAAUACAAUCUUUAGGAGGAGUUAUAAUGGUUAAUACACUUGUUGCAUAAAUGUCAUUUGGAAGCAUUUCAUAAUAAAUUAUCCUCAAGUGAUAUUAUUAUUUAAAAAAAAAAUGGUUUGUGGUGAUUUAUUACAUGAGACCAUUACAAAUUCACCAUUGUUUAUGAAAAUAAUCCCAUCUCAUCUGGUUAAGUGAAGGAAAAGGAAUGUUGAAUAAAAGCUUCAUACUUAGUUGAUUAACUCAAGAUAUCAAGUAAAGUUAAACAAAUAUCUUUAUGUUAUCUUCUGUGUAUCACAAAGUUUUCAGCAUGGUUUCCAUGUAUAUCUUUGGGUAUAACUGAAACCAUAGGGCUCCUUACCAACAAGCCUAAUCUUUAUUUUCAUAGAAGAUCGUGCGAAUCAUUUCUCCUACUUGGCUUCAUAAAGAACAAAUUAACUGUUGACUGACUGGUUUCAUUUCUUGUUGAGAAGUUUGGAAUGUAACGCAAAUCAUAAUAGUGAAAUGUAAUAUUCUAUUAACAGUUUCUAUCACAGAGACUAAAAGUCCAAGGUUUUUUUCUCGAUGUUACUAUAAAUAGGCGUAACGAUAAAGUCCUGAAGUAAGAAUGAUGAAUAUCUCUCAAGUAUCGAAGGAUCUACACAUAUAAUUCAGAUAAUGUCCAGUGGUAAUGAAAUUUACAUUCAAACUAGAAAGAAAUCAGGUUUCAUUAAUAAAUUUUAAUAAAAAUCAACUAAUUUCGACAAUAACGAACUCGGUAAUCCUAAGUUCAUUAUCUUUUCUUUCAGGAAAUUCGUAAUAAACUAAAUACCAUGGAAGCAGAUAAGAAAAAAUUAGGAAACAUCAUAAACAAAUUAAAAGAACAAAGGGAAAAUGAAAUGAAAGAAUUUAAUGCUAAUAAAGAAAUAAAGCGUUUAAAGGAAGAACUUGACAUUUCUAAACUUCAAACGGAACAAAUAAGACAGGAUUUUGAUGCCUAUAAAAUUUAUGCAAAAGAACUAUUAGAUAAUGAGAAAAGAUUAAAUAAGGAACUUCGAAAGUCAUACCAUUGAAAGGGAUAGAAAUAAUGAAAGGAAAGCAUAAUUUAUCUUUGGAAAAAAGCUUAUUUCUUCAAAUAGAUUACAGUAAUGUAUCUAUCUAUAUAUAAUCUCUAAUAAAUCAAUAAAUAAUAUUGA